GAGCGCGGGCCCCGGGAGCAGCGAGGAACCGAGGAGGCCGCGCAGCAGCGCUAGCCCGGCGCCGGCCGCUCCCGGCCCCCGCCCCUCGGUGGUGGCUCGCUCUUCGCUUAUCCGGCUCCGAACCAGACACAGCCGCCGUCGCCGGCUGGCGCACUGCCGGCUCCCGGGAACAGCCCCUCAGGCACCGGCCGCUUCCCGGCACUGGAGGGGCGCAACGCGGCCACAGACCCGGUGACGGUCGAGGCGGCAAGAGGGGUGCCGGCGCGCGCCGGGGCCCCGGCGCAGCGCACGUUGAGCGCCCCCCGAGGCUCGGGGAUCCCUUAAUCGCGGGUCCCGGGGUUCCACCCCCCGGGUACCCGAUGGGGCCACACGGGGAGCGCAGGGCAGAAGUUGGGACCGCGCGCAGCCCGCCUGUGCCGCCGAACCCGAUAUGCUGCCGCCGGGGCGAAACGGCACCGCCUACCGGGCGCGGUCCGGGCAGCAGCAGCUGGCGCAGGGGGGCGCCGUGGGGGGCUCGGAGGGGGCGACGCUGCUGGGGCCAGCGCAAGUGGUCACGGCCGGCUUCCUUACCCUGCUCAUCGUCUGGACCCUGCUGGGCAAUGUGCUGGUGUGCGCGUCCAUCGUGCGCAGUCGCCACCUGCGCGCCAAGAUGACAGUCUUCAUUGUGUCUCUGGCUGUGUCUGACCUCUUCGUGGCGCUGCUGGUCAUGCCCUGGAAGGCGGUCGCCGAGGUGGCCGGUUACUGGCCUUUUGGGGCCUUCUGCGACAUCUGGGUGGCCUUCGACAUCACGUGCUCCACCGCCUCCAUCCUGAACCUGUGCAUCAUCAGCGUGGACCGCUACCGGGCCCUCUCCAGGCCCUUCUGCUACGAGUGCAAGAUGACGCAGCGUGUGGCCUUGGUCAUGGUCGGCCUGACGUGGACCUUGUCCAUCCUCAUCUCCUUCAUCCGAGUCCAGUUCCACUGGACAAUGGGCUCCUGAGGUGGGGUGGACCCGCCAUCUAACCUGGUCAACGGGGCGCCCUGGGAGGAAGCCGGGGAGCCAGACUUGAGGGCGGAAAACUGUGCCAGCCUGAACCGAACUUACGCAGUCUCCUCCUCGCUCACCAACUUCUACAUCCCGGUGGCCAUCAUGAUCGUGACAUACACGCGCAUCUACCGCAUCGCCCAGGUGCAAAUCCGCAGGAUUUCCUCCCUGGAGAGGGCCGCGGAGCACGCGCAGAGCUGCCGGAGCCUUGAGGCCUGUGCGCCCAACACCGGCCUGCGGGCAUCCAUCAAGAAGGAGACCAAGGUCCUCAAGACCCUAUCGGUGAUCAUGGGGGUAUCCGUGUGCUGCUGGCUGCCCUUCUUCAUCCUUAACUGCAUGGUCCCUUUCUGCAGCGGACACCCCGAGGGCUUCCCCUACGUCAGCGAGACCACCUUCGAAGUCUUCAUCUGGUUUGGCUGGGCCAACUCCUCCCUCAACCCCAUCAUCUACGCCUUCAACGCUGACUUCCGGAAGGUGUUUGCCCAGCUGCUGGGGUGCAGCCACCUCUGCUCCCGCACUCAGGUGGAGACAGUGAACAUCAGCAAUGAGCUCAUCUCCUACAACCAGGACACCGCCUUCCACAAGGACAUCGCAGCUGCCUACGUCCAUAUGAUCCCCAACGCGGUGACCCCGGGUGACGUGGAGGUGGACCCGGAGGAAGAGGAGAGCCCUUUCAGUCGUACGUCGCAGAUCUCUCAGACGUCCCCCGAUGGUGACCCUGCUGCCGGGUCUGUCUGCGAGCUGGACUAUGAGGGGGAGAUUUCAUUAGGCAAAAUAACGCCUUUCACCCCAGACGGAUUCCAUUAAACUGCCUAAGAACUGUUCUUCGUGGAUCUAUAUAACCGCAUAGACAUGAGCAAGCACGCAGAAUACAGACUGGACACACACAUACAUUUCCACUGCUGCUCAGUUUAUCAUGCCUUCUGUGUCGGUGGAGCAGUCCAUGUGCUUAGAAACCUCACCGGACUGAUUUGUUGAGGAAAGAUUUGGCAGAAGCAGUUGGAAAAAACUCAGUCAAACAUACCCUAGCCUAGCAGAGAUGGAUCAAUGGUUCUGUUAGAGAAGAUAAG